UGUCCCUCCCUCCUUUUUGUCCAGCAGACGAAAUUUGUGUGCUUGUCCCUAGCUCUCUCCAGCUUUCCCUGGUGCCAAAAUGACUGCCGUAGCCGGACAACCCAUCUUCGGAAGCGGUGAGGACUGCAAGCCGGCCUGGACGGACGCCUCAGCCGACUACGAUGCGACGGACGAGCAUCUGGAAAUCAUGGGGAAGCCCGUGAUGGAAAGAUGGGAGACUCCGUACAUGCACAAACUGGCGCAGGUCGCCAGCUGCAAAGGUGGACGUGUUCUCGAAAUCGGUUUCGGCAUGGCCAUUGCCGGGAGCGAAAUCGAGCGACAAGACAUCGAGGAACACUGGAUCAUCGAGUGUAAUGACGGCGUGUUCGAGAGACUAGAAAAGUGGGCCAAGGAACAGAAACACAAGAUCGUCCCACUGAAGGGCAUGUGGCAGGAUGUUGUUGCUACUCUACCUGAUGGACAUUUUGAUGGUAUUCUGUAUGACACAUACCCCCUGUCGGAGGCUGAGUGGCACACCCACCAGUUUGACUUCAUCGGGAAGCACGCCUGCCGGUUACUGAAGCCGGGCGGAGUCCUGUCCUACUGUAACCUCACCUCCUGGGGUGAUUUUCUCAAGGGGAAGUAUGACAACAUCGAAACUAUGUUCAAGGAGACCCAGAUCUCGCACCUUGAGGAGGCUGGCUUUAAGAAGGAGAACAUCUCCUGGGAGUGCAUCACUAACGUCCCGCCCAAGGACUGCAAGUAUUACCAGUUCCCCCUCAUGCUCGCACCUAAGUGUAUAAAGGCCUAGACUGGAAUAUGCAACAAAUGUCAACAAACAAACAAACAUGUUGUCAAGUCCUGAGCUUAGGAGCGUUCUUGGGAUUUUUUUUUUUUGGUACUACGGAUGUCAAAUAUGCUGUAAUUCUGUAUUUACACAAAAGAAAGUUUUGUGUGAUGUGAUUUCAAGUUCUUACGUUUUUUUUAUUGCAUCUUAAUUGUAUGUGAAUACAUUUCAUGCAGUUUAUUUUUUAAUCCAAAUUACCUUUCACUUUGCACUAAAAACAUGUUUCAAAGUUUGUCAGCUUAAUGAACUUGGAGCACUUUUCAUACCUUUGUACACAUGAUCUGUGUCAAAAUGUCAUUUUUUGGUAUGACAACAGUUUGAAAACAUCUAAAAUGUAAGGAAAAUAUAGAUAAUGUAUAGUAGUACAUUUUCUAUAGGUUCAGUAACAGAGAUGUUCUAACGUAGGUAGUGCCUGUUGUCUUGGUAAAGAUGUUGUGUCUCUCUGGAGUGAUGUUCUUAAUUCUAAGGCCACAGUGGACAGUUUGAGGCCACUUUUGUAGCUGGAGAUUUCCCCAACUUUCUCUGCUGUUUGUGUUUCUAAAUAAAAGAAGUUGAAGAAGUGUGAA